AUUCUCUAGCUACCUCACAUCUAUGUUGUGACUCGUGCAUAAAUAUUUGCGCACACACACACAUAGUUCAAUUCAAGCAUUACAUCCAGGUCUUCAAGAAAAUGGCUUCUCUCGUGUUAUUAACAUUUUCACUCCUUUUUGCAACUUUCUCUUCUCCUCUUGUAGAUGCUUUUAAUUAUAGUAAUGAUUCCACUUUCGCCGCGCCAGCACCAAACCCUAUUGAUGCUUUUAAUUAUAGUGAUGGUAAUUACACCCUCGGAGCGCCAGCACUAAAUCCUAUUGAUGCUUGCUGGCGAAGAGACGCUAAAUGGUCGACUAACCGUCAAGCCCUGGCCAGAUGCGCGGUAGGGUUCGGGAAAGCCGCGUUAGGGGGCAGCAAAGGGCCUAUCUACGUGGUUACAAGCCCAGCAGAUGACGUUGGAAAGCCUAAACCCGGAACCUUAAGGUUUGGGGCGACCCAACCUAACCCACUAUGGAUCACAUUCGCACGUGACAUGGUCAUAAGGUUGAGAACCGAGCUCGAAGUGAAGAGCCACAAGACGAUAGACGGGAGAGGAGUAAAAGUUGAUAUUGGUAACGGACCAUGCAUUUCGAUCAAACGUGCGAGCAAUGUCAUUAUACAUGGGAUAACUGUCCAUGAUUGUAGAUUGAGCAAAGGGUUUGACGGUGACGGAAUCCGCGUGUUUCAAUCUAGAAAUGUUUGGAUCGAUCAUUGUCACUUAUCUCGGUGUCAAGAUGGUUUGAUCGAUGUGGUUACAUCUUCUACGGCUGUCACUAUUUCUAAUAAUCGUUUAAUAAAUCACCAGAAAGCGAUGUUGCUCGGACAUUCUGACAACCAUAUGGCUGAUAAGAAUAUGAAAGUUACAGUUGCAUUUAAUGUAUUUGGACCGGGUCUCACUGAGAGAAUGCCUAGGGUGAGAAGAGGGUAUGCGCAUGUAGCAAACAAUAUGUACAACAAAUGGAAUCUGUAUGCGAUUGGAGGAAGUGCUGAUCCUACUAUCUUUAGUGAAUCCAACCACUUCGUCGCUCCUGACAGAAAAGAACACAAAGAGGUGACAAAGAGAAUGGAUAAAAGUCCUGCCGCAAAAAAUUGGAAAUGGAGUACGAAUAAGGACGUUUUCAUCAACGGAGCUUUCUUCACGCCCUCUGGUGGACCGGGCGUUCCGCCGCCGUACGCAGCUGGAGAACGGUUUCCAGUGGCCCCGGGGGCUCAAGUCCCUGCUCUUACUGCCUCGGCCGGCCCUCUCCGUUGCGCACCCGGCAGGGCUUGCUAAUCAAUUGAUCACCUUGAAUCAAAGUCCUCCUAAAAUAUAUAUAUGCGUAUGUCAUAUAAUAUUUCAGGUCAAGUUAUUUAUUUGUAUGUAUCCUGAACUUAAUUAGCGUUGUUUAAAAAUACCAAAUAAACCAACCUUGUAGUAUAAAUCAAUUGUAUGGAAAGAUAAUAAUGACUCUUUGGA